CUUGUCAACCACACUCACCAAAGACCGAUCAAACAACCACCAACACUCCAACGAACACAAACUCACCACACAAACACCUCAAUCAUGUCUUCCUCUCUCGAACAGCUCAAGGCCACCGGCACCACCGUCGUGUGCGACUCUGGUGACUUCGCCACCAUUGGCAAGUACAAGCCGCAAGAUGCCACCACCAACCCAUCUUUGAUCCUCGCCGCAUCCAAGAAGCCCGAAUACGCCAAGCUCAUCGACGAGGCGGUCCAGUACGGAAAGAAGCAUGGCAAGAGCACGGCUGAGCAGGUGGACGCGACACUCGACAACCUCCUCGUCCAAUUCGGAAAGGAGAUCCUUAACAUCGUCCCUGGCAAGGUUUCGACUGAGGUUGACGCGAGAUUCUCCUUCGACAAGAAGGCGUCCAUCGACAAGGCUCUCCACAUUAUUGAGCUCUACAAGGAGAUUGGCAUCGACAAGUCCCGCGUUCUCAUCAAGCUCGCUUCCACCUGGGAGGGCAUCCAGGCCGCCCGCGAGCUCCAGAGCAAGCACGGCAUCAACUGCAACUUGACCCUCAUGUUCUCUCUCCCCCAAGCCAUCGCCGCUGCUGAGGCCGGUGCCUUCCUCAUCUCUCCGUUCGUCGGCCGCAUCCUCGACUGGUACAAGGCCAACACCAAGACCGAGUACACCGCCCAGAACGACCCCGGCGUCAAGUCCGUCCAGCAAAUCUUCAACUACUACAAGAAGUUCGGCUACAAGACCAUCGUCAUGGGUGCCUCCUUCCGCAACAUCGGCGAGAUCACCGAGCUUGCUGGCUGCGACUACCUCACGAUUGCACCAAACCUUCUCGAGCAGCUCUACAACAGCCAGGACGCCGUGCCACAGAAGCUCAAGUCCGAGGACGCUGGCUCGCUCGACAUUGAGAAGAAGAGCUACAUUGACGACGAGGCCGAGUUCCGCUUCCAAUUCAACGAGGAGCCCAUGGCCGUGCACAAGCUCUCUGAGGGUAUCAGCAAGUUCGCCGCGGACGCUGUCACUCUCAAGGACAUCCUCAGGCAAAAGAUUGAGGCCUAGAUUGGGUUUUGUUUAAGCGUGUGAUAUUUCGGGCAGACUGUCGGCUUGGAAAAGGGGCUAGAGUGAUCCUAUGGCUGGACAGAUAGCUUCAAUUAGCAAUGUGACUUUGUCGACAUGGUCGACAUGAUGAUGACUC